CAAUGUGUUGAAGCUAUGAUGUAUAGCGCACACCACAUGUGAGUGUCCCACAUUGAUUAAAUAAGAGAGAUGGGUUCACUUUAUAAUGCAAAGGGGUUACUCCCCUUAUUGCCAUAUGGUUUUAAGGUGGAACCUCCUUUGUGUUGUGAAGUGGACUCUCUCUCCCUGUGAUGGGUGUGGCCCAGACCCAUAUUCAACAUGGUAUCAGAGCCAGGCCCACGACUGGGACCGUUAAUUACUCUGGGCCAAUUGAAAAAGGGACCUCACAUGUGAGGGGGAGUGUUGAAGCUAUGAUGUAUAGCGCACACCACAUGUGAGUGUCCCACAUUGAUUAAAUAAGAGAGAUGGGUUCACUUUAUAAUGCAAAGGGGUUACUCCCCUUAUUGCCAUAUGGUUUUAAGGUGGAACCUCCUUUGUGUUGUGAAGUGGACUCUCUCUCCCUGUGAUGGGUGUGGCCCAGACCCAUAUUCAACACAAUGCUGCUAUUUUGCUAGAAUUGCUGAUGAACUCACUUCCACAUUGAACAUUAUCUGUUUACAGUUUUUGGCCUUUAGUUUGGGGGUUUGAAGAUAUUGUCUUAUUAAAUGUAUUUGUUUAUAGUCCAGGUAGUAAUAUACUGACUGUUUAUGUUACAUACACAUUAAUUUAUCUGUUUAUGUUUUGAUCUUAAAUUGAGUUAACUAUUAGAGACACCAUGCUUGGAAAUGGAGUUGUUGGAAUUCUUUCGGAGACGUGUAACAAGUGGGAAAGACGGGCACCUUUAACACCAGCUCAUUGUGCUCGACUUCUACACAGUGGCAAAGGUAAUGCAGGUGUGGCUCGGAUAAUUGUUCAGCCAUGUACCAAGAGAAUUUACCAUGACGCCCUUUAUGAAGAGGUUGGUUGUGAGGUAUCUGAGGACUUGACAGAUUGUGGUCUUAUUGUGGGCGUUAAACAACCAAAGCUAGAGAUGAUUCUUCCUGAUAGAGGCUAUGCUUUCUUCUCACACACCCACAAAGCGCAGAAAGAAAACAUGCCUUUGCUUGACAAGCUUCUGGCAGAGAGGGCAACCUUGUAUGACUACGAGCUCAUUGUUGGAGAUCAUGGGAAAAGGUUACUGGCAUUUGGAAUCUAUGCUGGCAGAGCUGGAAUGAUCGACAUUUUGCAUGGCUUAGGACAGCGUUAUCUAAGUCUUGGAUAUUCGACACCCUUCCUCGCCCUGGGUUCAGCUUACAUGUAUCCAUCAUUGGCUGCUGCCAAAGCUGCUGUCAUAUCCGUGGGUGAAGAGAUCUCCACAUCAGGACUGCCAUCUAGCAUCUGUCCUCUUGUUUUCGUCUUUACUGGAACCGGAAAUGUAUCACAAGGUGCACAAGAGAUAUUCAAGCUUCUUCCUCAUACCUUCGUGGAUCCCAGCAGACUUCCGGAGCUGUUUGAAACAGCUCGAUCCAAGAAUCAGCAAUCUCGAGUAAUGAAGAGAACCUUCCAAGUAUAUGGUUGUGUUGUGACGAGUAAAGAUAUGGUUCAACCCAAAGAUCCUAAUAUAACUUUCAAUAAAGUCGACUACUAUUCACAUCCAGAGCGUUACACUCCUAUUUUUCAUGAAAGGAUUGCCCCAUAUGCUUCUGUCAUUGUUAAUUGCAUAUACUGGGAGCAUAGAUUUCCUAGGUUGUUGACCACCAAGCAACUUCAAGAUGUAACGAACAAGAGACGUACACUUGUUGCUAUCGCUGAUAUAACUUGUGACAUUGGAGGAUCCAUUGAGUUUGUUAACCGAGCCACCACAAUUGACUCACCUUUCUUUAGAUUUGAUCCGUUGAUGGAAUCAUACCAUUAUGACAUGGAGGGUAGUGGUGUGAUUUGCUCAGCUGUUGACAUCCUUCCCACCGAAUUUGCAAAAGAGGCCUCCCAACAUUUCGGAAACAUCCUGUCACAAUUUAUCGGUUACUGGGCAACCACGAAAGAUUUGACAGAAUUACCUCGCCAUUUGAAAGAAGCUUGUAUAACUCACAGGGGAGCACUUACAUCUUUGUAUGAGUAUAUUCCUCGUAUACGAAAUUCUACUACAGAUGAAUUAUCACAAAAUCUGACAGAUUCUCAUCCUAUCAAGAAAAUGCACUCGCAAUUGGUAGAUUUUCUUAAGUGCGUUAGAUAUAAUGCAAGCAAUGGGAAUCACCUUGCUGGAGAAGAGAGGAUGAUUGCAUAGACCAUGGUACCCACCAUAUCCCAUCAUCCAAUUUUAUGAAAGCUUAUAUUCAAUCACAUAUUUCGAAUCAGUUCAUGGAUAUAUAGUUUCGAAACCAUGAUGUAAGAAAGCCUCUGUCAAUGAAUCAUGCCAAAGUUACUAAAUAAAGAGCCAAAGAAAGGCGUGUAAUAAAAGAACAUACAACCUUGAUGUUCAUCUUAUUUUUUGUAUAGUUCUUGCUGUAACUGUAAAUCUGUAAUUCUUCUGAAGGAUGAAGAGCCAAAGAGGCGUAUAAUAAAUGUCCGGAUCAUCAAAAAUUUCAUAGCCUUUGUAUUAUAGUAAAAACUCUUUUGAUGUAAUGUAUAAUAUAGUAUACAA